AUGCUGCCACUCUUCCUGGUCUUCUUGUUGCUGCCACCGGGCGCUGCCUGCUGGACACAGAAGCCCAAAUGCUUGUUGAACUUGCCAAGGGACACCAUAGAACCUGUGAAUCAUUACAGGUCAGGAGACUACCUCAUUAGCGGGGUGGUCUCUCCGACACUUGCUUUCCCCUUGCAUUAUCUUUUCCGGGAACCACCUGUUAUCAGAUAUGAGCUAUCAGCAACCGAAUCUCACUGGCUCGUUCUGUCCUUCUUGUUUGCCAUUCGUGAGGUCAACCGAGACCCCAGCCUCCUACCCAACGUCACCCUGGGCUACAGCAUCUACGAAAACUUCGGCAGUGUGAGAAUGACCUACGAUGCCAUGAUGGAUCUGGCAUCUCCCGGGCAGGCAAAUAUUCCAAACUACUCCUGUGGGCGACAGAAUACCGUGUUGGCUGUUCUGGAAAACGCUCCCACUGAAAUCUCCAUCCUGAUUUCAAACGUGAUGGGCCUCCGCAAAAUCCCACAGAUCAGUUAUGCUCUUGUGUCUCGCGUUCUUCGUGAUGAAGCACGGUUUCCUUUUUUAUACCGGAUGCUCCCAGACGAGGAAUAUUUGUACCCUGGAAUCCUGGAACUGCUCCUGCAUUUCCGAUGGACGUGGGUGGGUCUGAUUGCUGCAGACAGCGACAACGGAGAAAGGUUUAUGAGAACUUUGAUGCCGAUGCUCACCAGGAAUGGCAUUUGCGCCCUCUUCUCCCUCAUCCUCCCAGUGAACGUGGUGGAGAACUUUUUGGAAGACGUUCUAAGCCCCGAUUUUAAUUCCAAGUGGAAACAGGUCAAUGUAGUCAUUCACUACGCGGAAGCCGAAUUGUCGUUCACCGAAGGGUUAUUCCACGCGCAAUUCAUAGCUACGGAACAUUUCGGAUUGAUCGAGGGGAAAGUUUGGAUCACGACCGCUUGGUGGGAUCUCUCAGCAGCAUUAUCCAGGUCUCCUGUGCUUCAGGAAGACGUAAACACUUUUUUCUCCUUCUUACUGCGGACAAACAACAGAGUAAAACAGGACCAAUAUCUUCCCUUUCACAUCUCCGCCGAAGAGUUUUGGAAAAACAAUUUUCAGUGUUUCUAUUCGAAGCACGGGUUGGCUGUGAGAGGUUGGAUGAGAUGCGUGGAGAAAGGGGAACUGGUGAUUGUUCCUGAGGAUAUUCGUGGUAACGUAGUCCACACUGGACAUGGACAUAGUAUCUACAAGAUUGUCUACGCUGUGGCACACAUCUUAAAUGCUUUCUACUUAUCCACAGCCAAGAGUAUGGUCACAGCAGGCAGAGAGAAGGGGGGACACCGAAGGAUACAGAACUGGAAGAUUUACCAUUUUCUGAAAACCUUCUGGAUGUACAACACUUCUAUGGAUGGAGUGCAUUUCGACGAGAAGGGGGAACUAGACGCUGACCUGGAUAUUGUGAAGUCUGUGCUGUUUCCCAACAAGUCUGUUGAGACAAGGACAAUUGGGAAUACGACCAAACGGGCAUCUCAAAGCCUUCUGUUCCAGAUUGAGCAGGAUGACAAGACUGUGCCUCGUUCCAGGUGUAGCAAAAGCUGCCUCCCAGGGCACACCAAGGCGAUUCAGGAAGGAAACCCGGUCUGCUGCUACGAUUGUCACCGGUGUGCAGAAGGGACAAUUUCCACUCAGGAAGAUGCAGACCACUGUGACAAAUGUCCAGAUGUUCGGUACGCAAACGUCAACCGAGACCAGUGCGUCCCCAAAGUCACAACCUUCCUGUCUUACGAAGAACAUCUAGGCCUCGUUUUGGCUCUCUCUGCACUUGCCCUAUCUCUAAGCACAGCCUUUGUGUUUGGAAUCUUCAUUAAAUACCGAGAGACUCCAAUCGUCAGAGCCAACAACCGAAACCUCACCUACGUUCUCCUCGUUUCCCUCCUACUUUCUUUCCUCUCCUCCUUGGUCUUUAUUGGCCGGCCAAAUAAAGUCACCUGCCUUCUCCGACAAGCACUUUUCAGCGUUAUCUUCUCCGUCGCCGUCUCUUCUAUAUUGGCCAAAACGAUCACUGUGGUGGUGGCGUUCGUGGCCACGAAGCCAGGGAACAGGGUGAGGAAAUGCCUGGGGAAGGGUUUGGCCAACUCCAUCGUCAUUGCUUGUUCCACCCUCCAACUUGUCAUCUGUGCCGUCUGGCUGAUGGUCUCUCCCCCCUUCCCAGAGUCUGACCUGCACACCCAACCUGGGCACAUCAUCUUGCAGUGCAACGAGGGGUCUGCCUCCAUGUUUUACGUCGCCCUGGGUUACAUGGCCUUCCUAGCCACCAUCUGUUUCACGGUGGCUUUCCUGGCCAGGAAGCUGCCCGGGGCGUUCAACGAAGCCAAGGUGAUCACCUUCAGCCAGUUGGUGUUUUGCAGUGUUUGGUUGUCCUUUGUGCCCUCCUACCUGAGCACGAAGGGGAAAUACACGGUAGCUGUGCAGAUCUUCUCUAUGCUGGCUUCCAGCUGUGGGUUACUGGUUUGUAUUUUCUUUCCCAAAUGCUACAUUAUUGUCUUGAGGCCUCGACUGAAUGUGAAAAAACAUAUCAAGAUUAAUGGUGGCAACUGA